AGCGCCUUCAUUCUACGCCGAGAAACGUAACCGUGUGUCCUGCGGGAGAAACUCGGAAACUCACACACUGCGCUGUCAUUGUCGCGUUUUCUCCUCUUCCAGUGAAUUUGAUAGGCGACGUGAGACUGGUUGGGCUCGGGGAUUGCCCCGCAGAAGCGAUCAAACAUGCCGGUCCGUACCAACUGCUGUCAGGGAUCGUCGCUGGCCUGUAUGGCCUCGGCCUCUCUCGUUCCGCCCCCGCCAAUCAAUACCCAUCAGCCUGGCGUCAACACCUCUCUGCUCUACAGCGGCUCCCAGUUCCGCGGCCACCAGAAGAGCAAAGGAAACUCUUAUGAUGUCGAGGUGGUUCUGCAGCACGUGACUAUGGAGGACUCGUACCUGUGUGGAUACCUGAAGAUAAAAGGUCUGACAGAGGAAUAUCCCACUCUGACUACAUUCUUUGCCGGGGAGAUCAUAAGCAAGAAACGUCCUUUUUUAACUAGGAAGUGGGAUGCAGAUGAGGAUGUUGACCGUAAACACUGGGGGAAGUUUCAAGCAUUUUAUCAGUAUGCAAAAGGCUUUAACUCAGACGAUUUCGACUAUGAAGAACUAAAGAACAGUGAUUAUGUUUUCAUGAGAUGGAAGGAGCAGUUUUUAGUUCCAGAUCACACAAUCAAAGACAUCAGUGGUGCUUCCUUCGCUGGCUUCUACUACAUCUGUUUUCAGAAGUCUACAGCCACAAUUGAGGGCUACUACUACCACAGGAGCUCUGAAUGGUACCAAUCUCUGAACCUCACCCAUGUCCCUGAACACAGCGCGCCCAUCUAUGAGUUCCGGUGACAGUUAAGUCUUGACGUCUCGGUAAGAGGGCGAAACUACAGCAGACAGACAUGAGAGAAAAAGAGGAACUGUGAUUAUAAUGCCAAAGACUCGGCUGUCCUCUACCCUCAAUGAAAGAAUAAAACGGACGUGUAGAUAAAUGGACAAUUGCAAGAAUUAUAGAUGGAGAACUCUUUCGGGAGACUGUCUACACAGGCGGAGCAGCGAGUGCAAUUCUGGGAUUUGCAUCAGUGUUAGCGUUUGAUUUUCCUUUGACAUUUUGAGUUUUUAAAGCUUCUGUCCAAUGAUAAUCUUAGAAAACCAUUUUUGUGCUUAACCUUUUGGGAUUAAAGUCACUUUUGUUCUUUGCCCUGGAUGGAAGAGACAAUUCUAUAUGAUUUUAAUUUGCUAAAACAGCAUGGCCAAUCUGGAAAGCUGAUUUAGAAAUUUGCUUUAAUUUAUUAAUCAUUCUGUAUGAAAAGACUAUGAUGAAGUGGAAAUUCAAGGACUGAACAGGACGGUGUAUACAGACACUGUGUCCAUGUGUCCAUGAUUAUGCGCACAUUUGAGGACGAUAUCCUACAGGUGAUGGAUAUGGCGAGUUGCUAUUUUCUGUUGCUAGUUUGGCCCUCAGCUGUUGUUUUGCAUAACGUAAGGUGUAUCAUCAAAAGUCACAUAGAUGGCAGCAGGGUCCUUUGCUUCUAUGUGUGCUAUAUUUUUAUUAUGAAAUGAAAUGGAGUCGGGUGUUUUGGAAAGAGGUAUAUAUAUAUAAAUAUCUAUAUUAUCCCAUGGUUUUAAAGCUGCUUCGGAUGAAACUUUUGUUUCUGAUUUUGAAAGAAGUUAUCUGUCAGUAGUUUUACGCUCCUCGUUUUGCUAUGCAACAUGAAAAAUCUCAGCUUGUAAGAAUCUCAAGUAUCUUCGGUUUGAGAAUAUUCACACCUCUCACUCGCUCACUUUAAUACAGCUCAGAGAGUAUUGAUUGUCACUCAAGGUGGCAGAAGUGUGGCAUUGCUUUCAGUUUUGGCCAUGAUGUCAUGGAGGAUAGGCAAGUGUUUUUAUAUGAGGGCUCUGGAAUAUGUAACAUUUUUAAAAGCAAAUAAUCCAGAUGUGGACGACGCUGUCAUGUUAUGGCCCAUCUUGAUCAUCCAUCUUGAAAAGUCAUUUUUGUCUCGAGUGAUUCAUGUCAAGAUGGCAGCUGAUCCAGUUCUGUUGCUAUAGCACGGACUGCCUGUGAGAGCUGCAAUCCUCACCACUUGGAGACUUAGCAACGCACAACAUAAAACAUCUGAGGCUUUAAGGAACCUCUCGUGAGGUGUUGAAAGAUGAGUGUAAGCUACAUGAUACAAAAAACCCAGAUAAGUCCAUUUAAGCUUUAGUCAAACCCUUUGCCUUAAAAGUCAGAGAUUUGUGUAUUAUACCACUUGUAUAAGCAUUCAAGUUGUUUAAGCUGUGUACAGACCGGAAGACUUCCUUGAAGAGGAAACGAAUGUGUAUGUGUUCAGGUUAUGAAAGUGUUUUACAGCGUUUGACAAUGAAAAAAUGCUGUACCUCAUCCUCCAAAACCUCCUUUUUAAAAGUAGACUAGUGAAUAUUUAACAACAGGAUAAUUCGGCAACAUCUUGGCAUUAUUGUUUUUUGGCGUAAUCAUGUUGAAGAUGUCAUAAUGACAUUUUGUACAUACAAGGUAAGAGUGGAAAAAGGAUUCCUUUCUAUUUUGGGUCAUCCCAGGCCCAAAUCUGGCUCUUAAUGCAGAGUGAGCCACAAGACGCAUUAGAUGGGAUGCUUAAGAGACAUAAUGUCCAUGCAAAAUGCAUAAAACACAGCCAAAUAAUUGCCAUGUUUUGUUAAUUGUACUUUGUUUUUCCUGUUUGAUUUCUUGUUGUCUUAAAUGCCAGAUGUUUGUGCUGGAUUGCGUCUAAUUAUCUGCUUCCCUGAAGGUCAAAAUCAAUGCUGAUUUUAAAAGACAAUGCAUUCUCACUGCACAAACUCUGUUACAAUACAAUAAGUGAGGGGUGUACAUAAUAAAGCUAUGCUUGUGGUGUACAUGAAUGAUUUAAUUCUCUAAAAUUAUGAGUGGUGUUUUUAUUGGCACAAAAGGAUUAAUAAAUAAAGACUAU